GAAACUCCUAUUUUCUGCUGCUUCUCCGGGUAUAACAAAGGACCAGAUCCUGCUCCUCAGAUGCCAAAGUCCUCCAAGGUGGCAGUUGUGUCUCGGCCAAGAGCAGAGUGUCCUGCCUGAAGCCUUCACUGGAACGCCAUGCAGGAGAAUUACGAGACGCUCAUCUCUCUGGAAGAGAUGGCUAUUAGCCUUCCUCGGAUCACCGCAUUGGCUGAGUCCCACCGGAGAGGGCUGGCAUCGGGAUUUCCACUUUCGAAACCCGACCUGCUUUCUUGGAUGGACAGAGGGGAAGAUCUUUGGGUUCCAGAACUGCAGGAAUCUGAGGGCAGAGAGAUGUUGAAGGAAGCCAGCCCAGGUGAUGAUCUGAGGAGAAAGAAUGAGGGAAAUCAUCCUCGGCAAGAGGCUCCCAGCAAGACAGAUCUAAGAGCAAAGAGCUCCCUGGAAGGGAAUCCGGUUGAGGGAGAGAGCCAGCCAGUACAAAGACUGGGAACCUCAACAACUGAAGGGAAACAGCAGCAGAUGAAACCACUCACUCAGGUAGUGAGUAUCUCCAAACCCCUGUUGCCCCCCGGGAAACCACAAGGGAGCGAAAGAGGACACCAAUGUGCUGAAUGUGGGAAAAGCUUCAGCCAGAAGUCCAACCUUCUGAGGCACCAGAGGCUUCAUUUGGACGAGAGGCCCCACAAAUGCGAUGGAUGUGAGAAAAGCUUCUUAGAAGCCGAGGCUCUAGCCAGACACCGCAAGUGCCAUGUGGGUGACAAGCCUUACAAGUGUGAGGACUGUGGGAAAAGCUUCAGCUGGACCUCCCACCUAGAAAGACACCGGAGGAUCCACACAGGCGAGAAACCCUAUGAGUGCAAGGAGUGCGGGAAAGCAUUUAGUGUUGGGUCACACCUGGAGAGGCACCGGAGGAUCCAUACAGGGGAGAAGCCAUAUCAGUGCAAAGAGUGUGGGAAGAGCUUCACUGUCAGCUCCACCCUGGUCCAGCACCAGAGGACCCACACCAACGACAAACCCUAUCAAUGUGAGGAUUGCGGGAAGGGUUUCAACAUCAGCACUAAUCUUGUGGCCCACCAGAGGAAACAUCUGGGCCAGAAGCCGUAUGAGUGCCCUGACUGUGGGAAGAGCUUCAGCUUCACUUCCCACCUGGAGAGACACCAGAGAAUCCAUACAGGAGAGAGGCCUUAUCAGUGCACGGAUUGUGGGAAGAGUUUCAGCCGCAGCUCCCACCUCUACAGGCACCAGAGAAUCCACACAGGAGAAAAGCCACGCCAGUGUGUAGACUGUGGGAAGAACUUCUACCUCAGUGCAGCUACCCUUCACCAACUCCAGACUUCUCCAAAUGGGGGCAGGGACCCCACAAAAUGUGCAGAAUGUAGCCGUAAACUCAGGGCUGCUCCAGAGCCCCCACCUCCACCCUCCCCACCGGUUUGUUGUGAGAAACCUUAUAAGUGCCCUGAUUGCGGGAAAGGUUUUGGUCAGAGUUCGUCAUUGGUUAAACACCAGAGAAUCCACACAGGAGAAAGGCCUUAUCAGUGCCCAGAGUGUGGGAAAAAAUUCAGCUGGUGCUCAGCUCUUAUCAAACACAAAAGGAUCCACACAGGAGAAAAGCCGUACCGGUGCGAAGAGUGUGGCAAAGCCUUCAGUGUCAGUUCCCAUCUGGAGAGGCACCAGCGUGUGCACUCCCCUGACAGGCCCCACAAGUGUGCUGAAUGUGGGAAAACCUAUGGAGAAUUGGUGUCAUUGACAAAGCACCAGAAAUCCCAUGCAGCUGAGAGCAAGCGCUAUCGGUGCCCUGAUUGUGGGAAAAGCUUCAGCUGGACUUCCCACUUGGAAAGGCACCGGAGGAUCCACACCGGGGAAAAGCCGUAUGAGUGCGGAGACUGCGGAAAAAGCUUCAGUGUUAGCUCCCACCUUGACAGGCACCGGAGAAUCCACACUGGGGAGAAGCCUUACCGCUGCAACGAAUGUGGGAAAAGCUUCAGUGUCAGCUCCACUCUCCUCCAGCACCAGAGAACUCACUCUAGUGGGAAGCCUCAUAAAUGCAAGGAGUGCGGGAAACGGUUUGUGGCCAGUGCUCAGCUGCUCACACACCAGCGGACCCACCGGGGUGAGAAGCCCUAUGAGUGCACUGUCUGUGGCAAGAGUUUUGGCUUUGUCUCCCACCUGGAGAGACACCGGCGGGUCCACACAGGUGAAAAACCUUAUCAGUGCCCUGAUUGUGGGAAAUGCUUCAGUCGCAGCUCCCACCGGAAUCGCCACCAGCGCACUCACUCAGCUGACCGGCCCUUGAAGGGAGGGCCACGAGGAGGAACUCAAGGGGAGAAAGGCCUCUCUUCCUCCAGUGCUAAGCUGCCUAAGGACCCUCUGCCCACUCUUCCUGAACCCCCAUUGUCUCUCUUGCCACCCUGGUGGAGCGAGGGGGACAGGAACAGCAACACUCCAUUAGCUUCCACUUGGCCUGAGGUCCCAACUCCCUUUCAAGGACCCAUCUCCAACACUGCCCCAACUGGGGGGCUGCGAGAGUGGGGCAUGAAGGGAUUCUUGCCUCCAGAUCCAUGGAGAUUGGGGGAAAGCAGCUCUGGCUGGGCAUCUAUUCUAACCCAGGAGGGCUGGCCACAGCCUCCCUCCACAUCUUGA